AUGUUUUUGAAGAGCAAGAAGGCAUGCGAUCUGGCCAAGAAAAUAUGCUUGAGUGAUAUCAAACAAACAUGUUAUGGUCUGAACAGAUUGCAUGCAUGCAUAGAUAUAUCUGAAGAGGAUAAGAAAAAAAUUGAAAGGUUGCUAGCGAAAUGCAAGGGGAGCUUAUUAGCACACGGCAGCCUUUUAAUGUGCCUAUUGCUGUAA